CAUCACGCGUUCAUCAUGCUGCGUAUUUCUACGCAUUGCCUUCACCUUCCUCCGACCGCACGCCCGUGGCUAGCUGUAGCGAGCAUCCGCCGUUUUGCCUCUGGGAAAAGCAGAACCAACGCGCGCGAAGAAGACCUCCAAGCCGCGCGCAAGUGGCUGGAUCAGCUGCACGCAGACACUAUCCCGAAGAGCAUAGGCGAAUUGACCUUCAGCAGGUCUUCCGGUCCCGGCGGGCAGAAUGUUAACAAAGUGAAUUCGAAGGCUACAUUGAAAGUGCCUCUUGAUGCCUUGCUACAACACGUGCCCAGCGCGCUCCACGAUGAACUCAGGAGCUCUCGCUAUGUCGCUGCUCGAUCCGAUGCGAUCAUCAUACAAGCCGACGACAGCCGUAAGCAGAACGAUAAUGCACAUAGCUGCUAUAAGAGGCUGUACGAAGCUAUCGUGGAUGCGGGGCGCGGAGCGAUACCGGGCGAGACGUCGGCCGAGCAAGCGCAGCGCGUAAAGCAACUACAAAAGUCUGAUAACGAGCGACGGCUGAAGACGAAGAGGCAACGCGGCGCCAGGAAGAGCUCAAGGAGGAGCCGGGGUGAUGAUUGAGCUGCAGGAAGCAAGGCAGGGGUAUCUGCACGGGUAGGGUAUGCGAUAACCAUCUUAUCUACUGAGAGAUGGCAAUAUCUUGGGGAUGGCCGGCAUAUGGAUCUGAGAGCUAUCAAAGCUCCUCGCAUCGAGGAGGAUAUUCGUCAGGCUUGGCCAAAGUAGGGCAAAGUGUCCUUGCUGACUCAGGUGUCCAAGGAGGAAUGGAGCCGCUGAAGCUCCUCAUUUGUACCCCACUGCUUCAUGUUCGCUCGAAUCAACCGACCCGCGUCCUCCUUCUUCCCCUCUUUUCGUAGUGUUUUGAC